CCGCCCCCUCCCCGCCGGCUCCCGCCGCUCCCGGCGCUCCGAGCGCGGGCCCGGGGACUCGAGAUCCCGCCGCCGGGGCCGCAGCAUGGGGCGCUUCCGCGGGGGCCUGCGGUGCAUCAAGUACCUGCUGCUCGGCUUCAACCUGCUCUUCUGGCUGGCAGGGUCGGCCGUGAUUGCUUUUGGACUAUGGUUUCGGUUCGGUGGCACCAUGAAGGAUUUCUCAUCAGAGGACAAAUCCCCAGAGUAUUUCUACAUGGGGCUCUAUGUGCUGGUUGGAGCAGGGGCCCUGAUGAUGGCCGUGGGCUUCUUCGGGUGCUGCGGAGCCACGCGGGAGUCGCAGUGUGUGCUCGGAUCUUUUUUCACCUGCCUACUGGUGAUAUUUGCUGCUGAAGUAACCACUGGAGUAUUCGCUUUUAUAGGCAAGGAUGUAGCUAUACGACACGUCCAGACCAUGUAUGAGGAGGCGUAUAACGGUUACCUUAGAGACAGGGAGAAGGGGAACGGGACUCUCGUCACCUUCCACUCAACAUUUCAGUGCUGUGGAAAAGAAAGCUCUGAACAAGUCCAGCCCACAUGCCCAAAGGAGCUUCUAGGGCACAAGAAUUGCAUUAAUGAAAUUGAGACCACAAUCAGUGUUAAGCUCCAGCUCAUCGGAAUUGUCGGUAUUGGAAUUGCAGGUUUCACGAUCCUGGGCAUGAUCUUCAGCAUGGUCCUUUGCUGUGCGAUACGAAACUCACGAGAUGUGAUAUGAAGCUACUUCUCCAUGAAAAUUACAAUCUAGAGUUUUCAUUACAAAUGUCACAGGAGCUGCCUCCUGGCUCAUUUUUAAUAUUCAGAGGACGUAGGAUCUAAAAUAAUUUGCUGUCGGUUGUACAUUUGCACAUGUGUGUAUGUCUGGCUCAUUACUGGUUUACCCCUUGAGUGAAUGCCCGUGUAUGUUGACUAGGAGCCUAAUCAAGUGUGAUCUGCGUGUUCCUGGUAUAUGCAUUAUAUAUAAUGAAGUCUGCUUGCUGGGAAUUCCUGAUUCUUGUAAUGUGAGAGAACAACCUAUUGAACUCUGAGAAAAACAUCAAAAAGCUUUGAUAAACUUUAAAAACUUGGCUAUUCAGAAAAAGUGAUAACAGGUCGUUUUCUCAGACUCUAGCCAUGGCAAUUUAGAUACAGAGAAUUUGGGGAUUUCUAGUUAACAGAAGCAAUAAGCUACAGGAAGUGAGAGAUCGUGGUGCGGUGUUAAAAUUGACUGUGUCUGAGUUGGGUGAAAGGGUUUCCUGGGAUUUUUUUAUAUACAUACUCUCCCCAGAAUACAAUAAAUGACAGUUUUAGAACUAAACACAUCUCUAAAACUAAAUAUAGCAUGGAAAAUCUAAUUUGAAUGUCAUACUUUCCUACUAUUUAAAAACAAGAAACCUCCCUCUGGAAACAGUGGCCACACAGACAAUCAUGUGCCCUAUAAAAGCGAGUGUUUUUAGGAUUUAAAAAAGUAUUUUAACAGUUUUUAAAGAAAUAUUUUUGUUCUUAUAUAAAGACAUUUAAAUAUUGCUUUAUUACUUUCCUUUUCUGACUUUCCUCUGAACUACUGCAACCUCCACGUCCACAAAAGGGCUUUUAUCUCAGACUUGGCUGUGUUUCUCCAAAUGUAAGGAUAAAAAGACUAAAGCAAGAGCUCUGGCAGUUGCAAAUUGUGGGAAAGAGAAUUUUCACUGGCACUGUAUCUUUGAAAUACCUCAUAACUUGAGUUUACGUAUUUUCCUAAUUUUUUGUAUUUUUCUUAUUUAUUGACCUAGAGAAUUCUUCUUCAUAGAUUAAGAACUACAGUUUUCACCACUUAAAAUAAAUAAAACAAAAUUCUUCAUAAUUCAAAUAUUCUAUCAUGAGCAUCCUUGGCCAAACCAAAAUAAACGAAUAAAACAACCUUCUCCUUCUUGCGUGCACACAACAGAGAUAAGCUACAGAAACAAAAAUACGUAGACACACACAACAGAAGUAUGUUCUUCCUGUGAAGUCCCCUAUAAAAAUAAAGUUUUCAUGUUCUUUUAUGGUCUUGAUGCUUCAUUGUAGGUAUGUAAACUCAAAUUUAGGAUCUAAAUUGACAUAUUUGUCAAUUUUUAACAUUUGGUACUUUUAGUAAAUCAUGGCGGAUUUUUUUAUUACAUCUUAAAAAGCCAAAAAAAAUGUGAAAGUACAAAGGACUUUGGAGACCCCCAAGUGAGUUUGUACACAUAUGAGAAUAAAAGUCUUUGGGUAUGCACUAAAGGGAAUUGUGUGCUCCCAAGAAACUUUUACAAAACAUUUUGCUGAAAAGACUUAACCAUGUGAAAUAGCCUCCCUCCCAUAGAGAACCACAUUUUUCCUUCUGCCAUGCUUGCUACUGCUACUAACUUUGGAGGAAGCUUUUCCAGACAAAAAGUCAGAUUGGAAGCAAUCUAAACAUUUAAUUGUGCAUGGCUACUUUCCUGUGUUCUGUAGCUAGUGAAAAGGUUAUUCCAAGACAAUCACUUCAUGAAAUAGAUGCAUGUACCUGGUAAUUGAAAAAUAUAACUGCAACAAACAAACUGUCCAUCUCUCUUGGCGGCUUUAGUGUAUCUGUCUGCCUGAAGACAGGAAACAGGCCCAAGUGCAUACUCAGGUUUCUUCCAGCUCGGAAUCAUCUCUAAUUCAACAAGAGUGAGUUUCAUUUUAUACCUGAAUUAACAACUUUAAAGAAGACUAUGAUAGUUAGAAGUGGAAAAAUAGAGAUCUGUUCCAUAUAUGAUUAAAGUACCCCUUUGGGGAGUAAUUUUUCCAAGAUAUGUGCAAUGAGUAAAAUUGGAGAAUUUCACCCCAGCGUGAGAGUAGAUUUAUAUAUAUCUUGAAUCUAUAUGUAUAUUAAAUCCAUAUAUAUCUUGAAUCUAUAUACAUAUGUAACUUGAAUAUAUGUAUACAUAUAGGUAUGUGUGUGUAUAUAUAUAGGUAUGUGUGUGUAUAUAUAUAUAUAUAUACACACACAUACCUAUAUAUAAAUUUUUGGUUAUUUCUGUUUACCUGAACUAAUCUGAGAUCUGACCAAAACAUUUUCUUAAGCAUCUGGUGCCAAGGCGCUGAAUUAAAACUUCUUGAUGAAAUAUUUUAUUUCAAAUUAAAUUUUCUAUGUACUGGAA